AUGGAGGAGCAGUUUACACUCCGAGUUCCACCUUCUGUUGCUGAGCGAAUAGACUUCCUUUUGAGUGAGAAUGCCUCUUCUUCUGAAGACAAAUCAUUGGAUUUAUUUUUCUCGGGUGAGAAUAUGCGUUCCCUGGUUGAAAAAACGGAACGCAUAUUCUCACCCGAGAAAGAUAAAUCCAAUGAUUUGUCUUCAGAAGAAGAGGCAUUCUCACUCAAAAGGAAGUCUAUUCGCUCAGCAACAGAAGGUGGAACUCGGAGUGUAAACUGCUCCAUGCCUACGGAAUGCAAUAGAAAUCCACAUCAGAACCAUAUUAAAUCUGAGAUGGGAUCGAGGUUGAGAGAUGAAGAUCUGAGCAAUUCCGGCGGAGUCUUCUUCGUCCUCAGGCUGAACAGUGACAAACGGGAGAGGGAGACAGAGGCGGGAGAGGUGAUCGUUGGUUCUUCAUGGGCUUUCCAAGAGAAAUCAACCAAGAGGUUUGGCCACUUUCAAGACAAUGAGCCUAAUAUUGGAAUUUUAACGAAGAAGAAGUGGGGAAGUGUAUGA